AUGCCGAGCAACGUCGCGAUGGCCGAGCCACCUCUGACUCGGCCUACUUCACCUACAGCUAAUGAAGAAGAGUCAUCGACCAGCGGAGGAUUGGAUGAGCAGUCUGAGGGAGCUGAGGAGGUCGACAACAUCAUCACUGGAAGUGGUGAUUUUGCGACGGGAGAGCUUGAUCUAGGAGGCCUAAAAGUGCAACAAAUAUCCGAAUAUCAUAAAAUUUGGUCGACCGAAGGAGAAGGCCCAAACGAUGCAAUCGCAACAUUUUUCGAACCAUUCAUCCCCGAUGGUUUCUCAAUGCUCGGCAGCUACGCUCAGCCGAACAACCGGCCGCUUUUCGGCUGGACUUUGGUGGCCAAAGCCGCCGAUAAUUCAUCGGAUAUUCUGAAGCAGCCGACUGAUUACACUCUAGUCUGGUCUAACGGUAACAACUCCAUCUUCAACCCCGCCUAUUUCUGGCUCCCAAUUCCGCCCGACGGUUACAAAUCGCUCGGCCUCGUCGUCACCACCUCGCCGGGAAAGCCAUCCCUAGACAAGAUCAAAUGCGUCAGAUCCAACUUCACCGCCGAUGCAGAGAUCGACGAUUGGAUUUGGGGAAAUGUAUAUGGAUUGAGGCCUAAAAUCAGAGGCGCCGGCGCGCAGGGGGUUAGUGUAGGCACAUUCUCCCUCCAAAGCGACGCCGUUUCGUUGUCUUGUUUGAUCAAUACAAACCCUAAUUACACAACCGGAAAGCUGAAUGGAUUUCAAAUGGAAACCUUAUUUCAAGCUUAUGCACCCUACAUUUAUUUCCACCCCAAGGAAAAAUACCUCCCUUCAUCAGUUGAGUGGUUUUUCAACAACGGCGCGUUGCUAUACACAAAAGGCCAGGAAUCGAACCCGGUUGGGGUCGAGUCGGGGGGUCUGAACCUCCCUACGGGAGGUUCAGACGACGGCUUGUAG